AUGGGGUUCAACAAGGGUACUAAGUUUUCACCAGGUUCCAUGAGGAGAAAAAUCAUUGGGUUCCAUGGCUUUUCUGACAAGAAUGUGCACUCUCUUGGAGCAUAUUUCAUCAGGAUUCCUGCAACCAAAUCGGCUAUGCAAGGUGGUCAAACCACGGGGAGAAGUUAUGAUCAUGGUGGUGACUAUGAUGGCAUAAGAAAAGUGUACGUUACACAUGAUGGCACUUCAAUAAGGAAUAUGAGGGUGGACUAUGACAAAGGCGGUCAAGUGGAAUGCUUUGAGUACGGUGACAAGAUCGGAUUAGGAGAUGAGUAUCUCCGAAUGAAAUUAUCCACGAUUACGGUGAAUUAUCCAUACGAAUGUAUCUUAUCCGUAGAAGGAAGCUACGCAAACACCCAACCUUACGGAUGUAUUGUCCUUAGGUCUUUAACUUUCAAAACAUCAAAUGGGAGAACCUUAGUAGUGGGAACAGUGGCUGGUACCAAGUUCUCCCUGCAGAGCGAAGGCAAUGCUAUUGUUGGAUUCCAUGGACGGGUAGGUUCUUGUGUUGAUAGUAUCGGGGCAUAUUACGCUCCCUUUACUCCCUCUCCUCCUCCUACAGAGAAACUAGAGGGACAAGGUGGUGCUGGAGGAGAGUCUUGGGACGAUGGUGCUUUCCAAAAUGUGAGGAAGGUAUACAUAGGACAAGGCGAGUAUGGUAUCGUCUCUGUUAAGUUCGAGUACGAGAACGACACUGGUGAGGUGGUUGUUGGAGGUGAACAUGGAAAGACGACUUUGCUUGGAUACGAAGAGUUUGAGGUGGAUUAUCCAAGUGAAUACAUCACGUCAGUAGAGGCUUGCCACGACAAGGUUAUGGGAGCUGAAACAGGAGUUAUAACGAUGGUUAGGUUCAAGACAAACAAACGCACCUCUCCACCCUUUGGACUUGAAGCUGGUGUCAACUUUGUCCUCAAGAAGGAAGGUCACAAGAUCAAUGGGUUCCAUGGAAAAUCUAGUACUAUACUUCAUCAGAUUGGGGUUCAUGUCGUUCCCAUCACUGAGUGA